CGCCGCCGCUGCGCACUGGAGGGAAGGGGCCCCGGCUGCCGCCGCCGCCGCCUGCGGGGAGGAGGCAGAGGAGAAGCUCCUCCUGCCCAGCCGCUGCCGGCCCCUCAGUCCCGCUGUGCUAGCGCGGUGCGGGCAGCCGGGCCGCUGCGGUUCCUUGGCUUCGCCUGGCUCCCCAAGCCCCGGAGACGGCGGGGAGACUCCCGCCCGGCGCGUGAGAGACGGCACCCGGCCGGGGCUGGUGCAGAGCCGCAGCCGCUUUGUGUCGCCCGGGGAGAGGAUACAGCCUCCAGAGGAUACAAAAGAAACUAAAUGCAGUGAUCCCAGCCAAUUCCAGCCUCAAAGGAAGGUGAAAAUCUGCACAAAUUACCCAAAUUAAUGCUGCCAGGAAUCUGCCAAAUUUCCUACAAGCUGUAAUGUUUUCUUCUUCCUCCACAAGAUUUUAAGUAUUGAGAUUCUGAAGAACAAACGUGAAGGAUGCCAUCUGAGAGGUGCCUCAGUAUUCAAGAAAUGCUGACAGGUCAGAGGCUUUGCCAAUCCAGUUCACAUAAUGAUGCUGUCUUGGCAGCCCUGAACCAACAAAGAAGUGAUGGUGUACUCUGUGACAUCACCCUCAUUGCAGAAGAGCAGAAAUUCCAUGCCCAUAAGGCAGUACUUGCAGCAUGCAGUGAUUAUUUCCGAGCAAUGUUCAGUCUCUGUAUGGUUGAAAGUGGAGCUGAUGAGGUGAAUUUGCAUGGUGUCACAAGCCUAGGUUUAAAGCAGGCCCUGGACUUUGCAUACACUGGACAGAUUUUGUUGGAGCCAGGAGUAAUCCAGGAUGUGCUAGCAGCUGGUAGUCACCUGCAGCUGUUGGAGCUCCUCAGUUUAUGUUCUCACUAUCUCGUCCAGGAAUUAAAUAGCUUUAAUUACUUGGACCUGUAUAAGCUCGCUGACCUCUUUAACCUCACUUUGCUGGAGAAGGCAGUGGUUGACUUCUUAGUUAAACACCUCUCUGAGCUGUUGAAGAGUCACCCGGAGGAAGUCCUGGCUCUCCCAUACUGUCUCCUUCGAGAGGUCCUGAAGAGCGACCGACUCACUUCUCUUAGCGAAGAGCAAAUCUGGCAGCUAGCUGUGAGGUGGUUGGAACACAACUGCCGCUAUCAGUACAUGGAUGAACUUCUCCAGUAUGUCCGCUUUGGCCUUAUGGAUGUGGAUACACUACAUACUGUAGCCCUUCCUCAUCCUCUUGUCCAAGCUAGUGAAACUGCGACUGCACUUAUUAAUGAGGCCUUGACAUAUCACCAGAGCAUCUAUGCACAGCCAGUUUGGCAGACCAGACGGACGAAACCUCGCUUCCAGUCGGACACUCUUUACAUUAUCGGUGGGAAAAAACGUGAGAUCUGUAAAGUAAAAGAACUCCGGUACUUCAAUCCACUAGAUCAGGAGAAUGUUCACAUCGCAGGGAUUGCAAACUGGAGUGAACUGGCUCCCAUGCCUGUCGGGAGAAGUCACCACUGUGUAGCUGUCAUGGGAGAUUUUCUGUUUGUAGCUGGUGGAGAGGUUGAGCAUGCCACAGGCCGCACUAGUGCAGUAAGGACUGCCUGUCGGUAUGACCCCCGUAGUGACUCUUGGGCUGAAAUAGCUCCAAUGAAGAACUGCAGGGAACAUUUUGUACUGGGAGCUGUGGAUGAGAACCUCUAUGCGGUAGGGGGAAGAAAUGAACUACGUCAAGUUUUGCCUACAGUCGAGCGGUAUUGUCCUAAGAAGAACAAGUGGGCCUUUGUUCAGUCCUUUGACAGAUCCCUUUCAUGUCAUGCAGGAUCUGUGGUGGAUGGACUUCUUUGGAUAUCAGGAGGAGUAACAAAUACUGCACAAUACCAGAACAGGCUAAUGGUCUAUGAUCCUAAGCAGAAUAAGUGGAUAAGCCGAAGCCCCAUGUUACAGAGGAGAGUGUACCAUUCCAUGGCGGCUGUCCAAAGGAGGCUUUAUGUUUUAGGCGGGAAUGAUUUAGACUACAAUAAUGAUCGGAUUCUUGUACGCCACAUAGAUUCUUAUAACAUAGACACCGACCAAUGGACACGCUGCAGCUUCAACAUGUUGACAGGUCAAAAUGAAUCUGGCGUUGCUGUCCACAAUGGAAGAAUAUAUUUAGUUGGCGGCUAUUCUAUUUGGACAAAUGAGCCUUUGGCAUGUAUCCAGGUGCUGGAUAUUAGCAAGGAAGGGAAAGAAGAAGUAUUCUACGGGCCUACACUUCCUUUUGCUUCUAAUGGAAUAGCAGCAUGCUUCCUUCCAGCUCCCUAUUUCACAUGCCCGAACCUCCAGACUUUACAAGUGCCUCACCACAGGAUUGGCACUAUGUGAGAAAAAGAAUGCACCAUCCAUAAAAGCAAAUGGGGGGGAAAAGCGCUGCAUACAGCAAUUUCACAUUUGGAUCAAUUAAGCAUGAAAUGCUGCUUUAUCUUCUACACAUUUGUCUUAAAGUCAAAUAACAAUAGGCAAAAAAACGAACAUUUUUUUCACUAAAGGCUCCACACCUCAGUCUGCAAUUUCUCUCUGUCCCAAAUUAGGAACAUACACUUCAUACCAACCCGUUUGCCAUUUUCUCUGGGUGACAACUUAUUACCUGCCUCUAUUUAAAUUCUUUAUGCAUCUUUGAAAGGCAUUCUGAGUGCACCCAGCAUCCUGCCGGGCCUAUUGUUCCUUGGGGUCUGCACAUUAAAUGGAUGGCAGUGGCCCUGUUCAAAGACAAUAUAAUACAAUGUUUAUAAGCUUAACAAGGACAAUAUUCUAUUAUGCUAAAUUAUUCAACUUCCUAGGUACCUGUGGCAAAAAGGAUAAAUGCAUUGACCUUCAGUUCCCAACUUCUUCACCACUGAAGUUUCUCAUUUAAGAAAAAUUUAUUGGAAAUUUAGAUAGCGUGAAGCAUAAUAAAGUAAAAAAACCACCAAACCUCUUUCCUCUUUAAAUGUAUUAUGGGCAUCUACCAAGAAACUGAUUUUUUGCAUCUCAUCCGAAUACAGAAUACACUGAGGUUUCAGUGGCUAUUACUGUACAACAGUGUACUGAACCUACUUGUCGAAGAAAUUGAUAUACAAAAUUAUCUUUAUUUACCAAGGUCUACUUUUAAAUGUUAUCUUCUAUCAGAUGAUCAAUCCUUCCUGAUACCGGCAAUCUUUUAAUGAUUGGAAAUAACCUCUUUACUAUAUAAUUAAAAUGCACCAUUUACUUCAUAUUUUUAGUAGCCAGUUUGUAAAGGGUUACCAUAUUUACAAUUCUCAAUGAACAGUCUCAUUUUGUCCAACAUAUGGUACCACAAAUCACUGGCUUCCAGAGGCUAAAUCGGUGUAUAAUAAAGUUUAUAUAAAUUGAAAGAAUAAAUAAAAUAUUGUCUCCCCCUGCAAUACUCCAGGCGUCUGUACAAUUUAUAAUAAUAAAACCAAACCAUUAUAUUCUGGUUUUCUCUGGCUAUUGUGACCCCCUGCCCUUUUUUUUUUUUUUUUUUUGAUGUUUUUGC